AAGAGAAAAAGAGAGAGUGGGGGCGUGGAAGUUGGGAAGUCCAUCGAGAAGCAGAGCAAGCCUUGCAUACUCCUCCGUCGGCAGAAACACUAGUCUACAGUUCUAAGGAGGAAAGGAAAGCACCCACUCUUAGCAAGCUCCAAAGCUAUCUCUGUUUGUUUUCUUCCUCUCUCCACGUCGCGAGGAAUUCCCAGCACGAUGGUGAUCAAAGUUUACAUCGCUUCGUCAUCCGGAUCAACCUCAAUCAAGAAACAGCAGCAGGAUGUCAUGGGGUUCCUGGCAGCCAAUAAGAUCGAUUUUGAGGAAUGUGACAUUGCAGCCAACGAAGACAACAGGAAAUGGAUGCGGGAAAACGUACCAGUAGAUUCCCGACCAGCCACAGGAAACCCCCUCCCACCUCAGAUUUUCAAUGAAGAGAGAUACUGUGGAAACUAUGAGGCCUUCUUUGAUGCACGAGAAGAGAACGCCGUGUAUGCUUUUCUAGGCUUGACUGCUCCCCCAGGUUCUAAGGAGGCAGAGGCUCUAGCUAAAAAAGAGCAGCAGUAGUCUCCAGCAUCUUCAUUUCCCUGCUAUCUCCUAGGCUGCAACUAGAUGUCACUGUUUUGUUUCCCACCUAUCCAGAUACAACAAUCUGUUCUGUGCUUUCAAUCCUAUAAUUUUACACCGUUCGUAUUGCUCAUCAAUCUCCCUGUUAAAUUAGAUAAUUCCAUCCUGGUCCUACCUGCUCCCAAGUCUUACAGACUCCGAGAAGGUCUUACAACUGUGGAUUACUUGCUCUUUACUAGUUACUAGUCUACUAGAAUUACUUACCUGCCAUGUAUGUGAAGUUGAAAAAGAAUUCCACUGUCGGUCUCAUUGUGUACAUUUGUAUGGUGGUGUUCGUUUAUGAUGUGCCAUAAGCAAGUGAUCGAUCAGUGCCUGUAUUUUCACACAGAUUGCACUUAGAAUUCAUCAAAAUGAUUCCUGUAAAUUCAUGUUCGCGUCUUAAAAAAUACUUCCCUGCUAAAUAAUGUUAAAGGGCUACGGUAGGUAGUAAACAUCUGUGCUAGUCAUUGUUAGCAUCAAGUCUAGUCAUUAAAGCUUUAGCUUUCAAAGGAUGUGUUUUUGUCUUUCAGUGUUUCAGCUUUUGGAGACCUUUUUAAAGGUACACUAAGUAUAACAAUAAAAAAGAUUCAUUGUUUGGUGUA